AUGAGAAUCUCAGUACUAUGCAGUGCAACCCUCUUCUCAUUAGCGGCCUUCGCCUUUCCUGCGAGCAUGCUCAAAGGCGACAUCAGUCAAACGACCCUUGCGGAAAUCACCGCUCUCACGGACAAGAUUUCAAGGGAUUUCAAAAGCAGGCGAUCGGGUACCCACGUUAAACGUGCAUUCGAUGCAGAGGCUCAGCGCAUCAGUACCACUGGUGACCAUAAAUACAUUGCCCCGGGCCCCAAUGAUCUCCGUGGACCUUGCCCUGGUAUCAAUGUCCUGGCAAACCACGGCUACCUUCCCCGGAAUGGCAUCUCUACAAUCACACAAAUGACUACGGCUGCCAAUGAGGUGUUUGGUAUGGGCCUGGAUCUAUCUGCAUUUCUGGCAGUCUACUCCGCCGUCAUGGCAGGCGAUCUCACCUCUUUCUCAAUUGGUGGUAAACCUAAGACUGGUGGUCUCCUGGGCGGUGCCAUCUCAUCACUUGGCCUUCUUGGAGAACCACAGGGCCUGAGUGCGUCACAUAACCGCUUCGAGGUCGAUGGAUCGCCCACACGAUCCGACUUGUACUCCACUGGCGACCCCGUAUCGCUCAAUUUGGACUUUUUCGAGCAGCUUCUCUCUAUGCCUCUUGGUAAGAAUGGCAUUGACAUUCCCGUCAUGACCGCGUUCCGCCUUGAUCGCACGAGGCACUCUAUUGCUACGAAUGGUCAUUACUUCUCAGGCCCGCUACAGGCCCUUGCGUUGAACCCCGCCACGUAUCAAUUCACCUACCGUUUCUUCGCCAACCACACCGCUGAGAACCCCGAAGGCUAUCUCGAUGCUAAGACACUCAUGUCAUUCCAGGGUGUUACCGGAGAAAAGGGUAAUUAUAAGUGGGCUCGCGGACAAGAGAGGAUUCCUGAAAACUGGUACCGCCGCAUCAUCGGCGAUGAUUACACCAUUCUGUCCUUCACUGCUGAAGCCGUUUCGCUUGAAGUAGCCCACCCUGAAUUGAUCCGAAUUGGUGGAAAUACCGGUCAGCCAAACUCGUUCACUGGUGUCGAUAUCGACGACCUGACGGGCAACGUUCUUAAUGCGCAGACACUUCUUGAGGGAAACAACCUAAUGUGCUUUGCGUUCCAAGCAGCUAGCGAAGGUGCUCCUGACAUUCUCCGCGGAUUAUUUGGCAACAUCUUGGUCGCAGUGCAAAAGUUGGCCUCUGUUCUAGACCCAAUCAUUGCAGAGCUUGGGUGUCCUGAGCUCGUCCAGUACGACAAAUCCUUGUUCAAGGCCUUCCCUGGUGCCCGAGAUGCGGUGUAG